GUCACAGUCACUCUGGUAAGGUCAGUGCUUUUCUCUCCCUUUCUAUAUUUCGUUUCUGAGAACGGAAAGGAAAUUGAAACGAAGGAGAAAAUAAAGCUCUCAACCUUUUUAAUAGAAGUUCUUGGAGAUGGGCUUCAAGUCUGUUUAUCGAUGCUUGCAGGAAAUAUUUCCAAUGGUUGAUUCUCGUUUGCUGAGGGUUGUUGCUAUUGAAAAUUCCAAGGAUGCUGACCAAGCUGCGCUUGCUGUUCUUAGUGAGAUUAUCCCUUAUUUUUCCCUUCAUUCCAUUGGUCCUUCUAAUCUUCCUGAGAAUGAUAAUGUAGGAAUUAAGAAGCAGAUGGACUUGUUGAGCCAGCAGCAAUUAAUUGUCACAGCAGAUGUGGGGCCCUCUUUAGAACCAUGUCCAAUAGCUUGUGAUGAUGCCAAGGAGACUGACCAUAGCUCUGGUGUUCAUCAUGCUGAUGCAACACCUAUAGUUGAGGCACUGAAUGAAUCUACAGUUUCAGAUAUUUAUGAUGCAAAUAAAGUUAACAAUCAGCCAUGUGGAUAUACUGAAAAUGAUGAAGUGAUUUUAUUGGAAAAUGCUCAAGACAACAGUGUCAAAGUGGGGUUGAAGGAGAUUGUCAGUGCCACAUCAAAUGCAAUGUUGCAUGGAGGUAAGAAUUAUCAGAAAGAAUUUUGUGGCUAUACUAAGGGUGAGGAUCUGAUUUCUCGGGGAAAUGGUAUCGAAAUUGGGUUAGGGAUGAACCCCCUUGUCAUGACCACACCUUUGAUAAAUCAAAAGGGUGCUGUCAAGGUCAUUGCAAAUGAUCUGGAUCUUGAUAGGAAAGAUUUUGACUUUCCUAUGGAUGAUGAAUCUAAUAUUUUUGUCCCUGGAGAAUGCCAGAAAGAAGAAUUGUGCUUAGAUAGCUCUGUGGUGAGAAAAUCUGUGCCUGUGCCGGUUCCAACAUCUAUCAAAGAACAUACUCUAUUGGCCAGUGGUUCCUCAGAUGUCACUUUCAGGCAAGACUAUUUUGACAGUGAAAUGAAUGGUGUUGAGGAUGAGCCAAAACCGGACACCAUAGUUACCCAUUCUGACCAAGAAUGUAAAAUUCAUCUUCUUGAAGAGAUCAUUGUACAUGCCAAAAAGAACAAGCUUGGUCGAGAUUUGGCCAUUUGGCGCCCAGCCCAGCAGGUGACUGGGGCUUCAGUGGGUAACUUGGGUCAGACACCUGCUGGGUUCGGGGAGAGCUCUGCGAAUCGUGACGGGCCGGCCAAGGAAUCGAAGGUGCUGGAGCGGAGUGGUGGUGGUGAUGGGAAGAAGAGGAAAGAAGUGAGCCCGGAGGACAAGUCCCCGAUGAUGGUUUCCACUAGUAGUGCCAAUGAAUUGAAAGAAUUAAAUGGUAAACAGAUAAAACUAUCUGGAUCCCGAGAUGAGAAUGAGGGUUCAAGAGCUGAAGUGGAAGCUAGUUCAACGCCUGGCAUCAAGUCAGCUGAAGAAAGCACUGAACCUUCCGAGCCACCCAAGCAAGACUAUAUUCACAUGAGAGCGAGAAAGGACCAAGCUACUGAUAGCCAUAGUCUAGCAGAGAGGGUAAGGAGGGAGAAGAUCAGUGAGAGGAUGAAAAUUCUCCGAGAUUUGGUCCCUGGAUGUAACAAGGUUACUGGAAAAGUCGUUGUCCUUGAUGAGAUAAUUAAUUACAUCCAGUCGCUGCAACACCAGGUUCAGUUCCUCUCGAUGAAGCUUGGAGCAGUUAAUUCAAGGAUGGGUAUGAACCCCACUAUUGAGGGCUUUCCUCCGAAAGAUAAAACCUUGCUUUCAGCCAUGGAGAGAGUGAUCAACAUGAUGAGAGAAAUGGAAUUCCAGGAGAAAGCUGCAGAGCAAGCCAAAGCAGAAGCUUGUCAGGGAGGGCUGGAUAUUCUGGUCAGGGUGGAAGAAAUGAAACAAACGUUGGCACAUGCAAAGGAAGCAAAUAACAUGCAUGCAGGAGAAGUGUAUGGAGAGAAGGCAAUUUUAGCAACUGAAGUGAGGGAUCUUCAAUCUCAGCUGCUCAGCAUGUCUGAUGAAAGGGAUAGAUCCCUUGCAAUACUUGAUGAGAUGCACCUAACUCUGGAGGCACGAGUAGCCACAGCAGAAGAGUUGAGGAAAGCAGCUGAGCAGGAAAGGAUAGAAAAAGAAGAAUCCGCUCAAAAUGCUCUUGCCAUACAAGAAGCGAUUAUGCAGAAGGUCAUUCAGGAGUCAAAGAUGCUAGAAGAUAAGGCAGAGGAGAAUUCCAGGUUACGGGAGUUUCUGAUGGACCGAGGUCGAAUUGUCGAUAUGCUGCAAGGAGAGCUUUCCAUCAUAUGUCAGGAUGUGAGGCUGCUGAAAGAGAAGUUUGAUGACUAUGUUCCAUUAAGCCAAUCCUUUUCAUCUAGCCAGACUAGCUGCAUCUUAGCUACUACUGAAAGAGAAGUUUAUGUGAAAACCGAGGCAUCUGAUCUGGUUCCUGAGCACAGGUUAGCUUCCUCAGCCUCUUCCCUCAAAAGUGUGGCGCCCGUUUCGGUUCCUAAGACAAUUAGCCCAACAACCUCCGUUGACUGCCUAUCGAUGGACAGCAGAAUUGAAGAGGAAAGAGCUAGAGCUAGAGCUGAACGCCAAGCUCUUUUGGAUGAAGGGUGGGAUUUCUUGGACAAAGAUGCAGAAUUGGAGAGCUAAGUUGCAGAUAUUGGGAAUGCUACAGUAUAUAUCUAAUAGAAGUUAUUAUUUAUCAAAAUUAAAAUAUAUCUAAUAGAAGUUAUUUACAAGAUACGUACGUGCAAGUGGUCUUUCAAAACCUUUUAUGAUUGUAGUAUGGCCCUGAGGGAUUGAUUGUGAACCAUUUUCAUAUGCAGUGAAUUGGUACCAAUUUGUACAGUGCAAAUGUAAGACAAUGGACAGUUUAUUGGAGUGUUAAUAAUUUAAAGUUUAAAGUGUGUAAUGUGA